CUGUUCUUUCUUUUCUCCUCUCUGUUAGUCCCGCCUAUACUUCCUGCCUAGCCACUGGCCAAUCAGUGCUUUAUUUAUUGACCAGAGUAAUUUGACAUACAGACCAUCCCACAGCACAACACAACAUCCACUCAAUGAACAAGACCUUCCAGUGACAUGGACGCAGCAAACUAUGAGGGAUUCUAUGGUGUUUCAAGUUCCAGAAUGUAGGUAGCAUCUGCAUCAACCUAGUGAAGUGUCAAAGAUAGAAAUCUCCAACUAAACUAGGUGGCGACCUAUGCUUCUAUCUCAGUACUCAGGAUGUCUGCGAGUUCCAGGCCAGCCUCAAAAAAGGUCAAAUGACUUGAGGAUGUUAAUAAAAAUACUCCCCCUCCCAUCCCAUAACUGAAGAGAUGGCUACACUGUAGAUUGCUUGCUUCUCUCGAAGAGGACCGGAGCUGGAGUCCCCGAAGUCUGGCUGCUCACACUUUCUGUGCAUCCUUCUCCACAGCUUGUAAUACCCUCUUCUCCUCCAUAGGCAAGCUCACUCCUAAACUUCACACAUACAUAGACACACAAACAAACACAUGAACAGAAAAUAAAGAGAAAUCCGAAAAAUAUUCUUUCUGUAAAGUUCUGUGAAUCUGCAUUUCUUACACUGCACACAUAAAACUGAAAUGUUAAAGGGAGACUCAAAGGAACUCUGGUGGGAAAGCUGAGGAUAAGGACAGGCAGACAUGUAAGCAUCUAUUACUUUCACCAUAUCAUUAUAUUUUGGAAAAUAGUUACUACUUUCUUAAACAUUCUACUUACAUGAGAUUUGUUAUUAAUAUGUUCAAUGAAGCAAAUGUCUCAGAAUUCUCAGUUCCUAAUGUGGUGACCAUGGAUUGAGAUAGUGCACACAAGCAUGAGUACCUUUGAGGGAUAAUCCAUUUCUGAGCCUGUAUACACACAUCCUGACAUCAGUGUUUGAGAAUUGCUGACUUGGGGGCCCUUUGGUUUGACUCAGAAGGAUGUUGUGACCAGGACCAGGUGUGACCAGGACCAGGCGGACAAGGACCAGGGUAAGUAAUUCACUGCUCCUGGGAUACCAGGUCUCAGAGCUGGAUCAGAGCCAGGAAAGUAGUGCCCUAGAGAUUCCGCUAACAGGAGUUCAUCUUUCCGUGACUCAAUCCCAAUGCUCUCUAUCACUACCACUGGGAAUUCUUAGAGAAGCCAAUCAGCCUCUUGCAUUUUAACAUUAUCAGAUGAACACAGAUUCUCACUGACUCACUCUCUACUCUUUAAGCAGGAUGAAGACCCUCAUACCUCAGGCUCUCCUCCUGCUGCUCCUGGUUACCCUGGCCCUGACCAAGCAUCCAAAGGGUUCAUACCAGCUGUGCCAUUUCCAAACCCUCCUGACCUGGCCCGGCCUCGUGGAGUCCCAGUUCAUCUCUGCCAGCUAUGUAGAUGACACACAAUUCAUGGGAUUCAACAGCAGGGCAGAGACUCAGAGGAUGGUGCACCAGGCCCCAUGGAUGGAUCAGCAGAAGCCAGAGUAUUGGGAGGAUCAGACACAGAGCAUCAUGAGAGAAAAAACAUUCUUCAAAGAAGUAAUGAAGAAAGUGCUCCACAUCCAUAACCAGAGCAUGGCUGGACAUCACACAAUCCAGAGGAGGUAUGGCUGCAUUGUGUUGCCUGGAGGGUACUUCAGUCGCGGGUUCCAUGAAUUAACCUUCAGUGGCCAUGAUUACAUCGCACUGAACGAGGACCUGCGCACCUGGACCUUGUCCGGCAAGGCUGCUAAGAUGCUCAGAGGAGAGUGGGAAAGGACAGGUUUUGCACAAGUGGUGAAGACUUACCUGAAGGAUGAAUGCGUUGAGUUGCUCCUCGCACAGCUGGACUAUGGGAAGGAGACUUUGCUGAGAACAGACACUCCCAAAAUACUUGUAACCCAAAAAGUCAGAACUGAUGGGAAAAUCAUCCUGAGAUGCUGGGCCCUGGACUUCUACCCUGCUGAGAUCACCCUGAUAUGGCAGAGGGAUGGGAACAACCAGACACAGGACAUGGAAAUGAUGGACACCAGGCCUGCAGGGGAUGGGACCUUCCAGAAGUGGGCAGCUGUGGUGGUGCCUUCUGGGGAGGAGCAGAGAUACACAUGUCAUGUGACUCAUGAGGGCCUGCCUGAGCCCAUCACCCUGAGAUGGGAGCCUCCUCAGCCCUCUGUCCCCAUCAUGCCAAUUGUUACUGGCCUGGUUCUUGGAGCUGUGCUUAUGGGAGCCGUGGUGACUUUUCUGAUAUGGAAGAGGAGGACUAAAGGAUAAGACAGCUGGACUGAGCCUAACAGGAUUUGUUCUGGUUUCUCCUUCUUUUGUGGCCUCCAGACCUCAUGCCUUCUCUUUCUGGUCAUGUGUCUUUCUCUUCUGAGCAAAAUGUAAACAGGUCAUGAGCAGCGACAGCCUUCUUCCCAUAUACACCGUGUGUCUUCCCCAGUCAUCUCUCAUGUUCCAACAGGGCUGGCAAACCUCCAUCCCUGAUAGAACCGUAGUUUUCACUGAGCUACAGCAACUACAAGAAGUUUUCAUGCUUCUUUCUUGAAAUUAAGCAUUUUUCAUGCAUGGUUGUGCAACUUCUUUCAGAGUGGGUGACUGAUUAGUGUACUAAAAAUGAGUAAAGUUUAUGGAGAAAAUAAAAUCUCAGAACAUUAUGGAGUCGUGUGUGCUGUGGUAAGUCCAUUGCCUCUGGUGGCAUUGGUUGCUGUGUGGAGCCAAGCGAGGUCUGGGCUGUGCACAGGUAUCGCUCUGUCAACUCUGGGCUCUCACACAGUCCCUUCCCACCUAUGUCCUCUUGCUACUUCCUCAUCCUCGUUCUUUAAUAAACCUGUUCACCAGGACAUGUGAUCAAAAGAUCUCAGGCAUUUGUAGGGUUUGUCCAGUGUCUGUGCUGUUCUUUCAUGUUGGCCUUCAGCCUGUUCAGGCUUGAGUCUGAUAUUCCAUUCAG